GAUCCGUUAGUGGAUCCCCAUCCAUCUGACCUCCAAACACAUACUUCAUCCUCCAUCCACUCCAUUACCAGCAGCAUCAGCUGGGCGUCAUGGGGGUGAUACUGGACAGCAGCUGGAUGAGAUUUGGACCAGCAGGCAAAGGGUCGGAUGACUGGGUGACAAAAUCACCCUCAACACAGGAGCAGCAGAGCUUCAACUGGAAUGAGCGGGAGUUGGGUGAGGACCGAAGGUCGGAGCUGGCCCUCUACACGGCCCUGCCUGUUGGCUCCAUCCUCCUGCUGGCUCUCCUGGUUGUCCUGAUCUACCGCUGUUGUUCCCGCAGUAAACUCAGCCUGGCCAACAUCAUCGCUCUGGACCUUCAGGACAAGGACAGCAGCGCCGAGUUCCUCGCCUCCCUGACAAGGAACGCUGAGCGCCACACCAGCACAAGCUCUGACGGAUCAGAUGGAGUGUUUGUCAUGGUCUACCUCGCUCCGCCUUAUGAAGAAACGCUCACUAAGAUAACCCGGGCUGCCAGCCUUUCCGUGGACGUGGAGUCACUGAAGCUAGAAGAUCUGGAGGCCAAGCUGUGUCCUGAGCUCAAGUUCAGCACUCACCUUGCAUAAGAAACAUCAAACUCUGCAGCAUUAGAGAGACAGUGUAUUUUAGCUCCCGGCUCUGGCAGAUAGUUAGCAUCCAGCAGGGUUUAAUGUUGAAAUCAACUCUGUUCCAGCAGCAAACAGCAACCGUACAAGAAGAGCAAUAAAUCCAAAAGACCAAUUCUGGUGAAAAAGGUUAAAGAAAAAAAAUCCCCACAGACUGAUGAUAUUGCUUUGUCUAAUAGACGCACAAAUGUACAUUUCUCUGUUUAUUGUCAGCUUGUUUCAGAUCUAUUCUGCCCCUGAUGUGAAUUACAUGUGGCCUUUUACAAUCACUUAAUUAACGGCAUGCUUAGAUAAGCAGCAGGCAGUCUGUGCUAACUGUGCAUCAGCUCAAAGAUCUCAGCUUUGCAGUCCUCUGCAGCUUCACCACAGCCGGGUCUCAGCCCCUCCAGCCGAGCCCAACUCCAGGUGGGUUAUCCGUUUGGGUCGAGUUAAUUUCUCCCGAUCAUGCGCUGCGACCCAGAUGUGAUGGAACCCCAGGAGAAAAGAUGUCUUCAUUUAGUCUUGCCCAAGCAAAGUUCAAAUGUUGUUUCAGAGGGGACUUCAGAAAAGAGCAUAUGCGACAAAAUAUUAAGUUAAGGGUCCUAUUAUUUUUGUUAAGGUGAGUUAAAUUUUUUUGGUUUGUUUGUUUUUUAAUUAUUCUAUUGAACCACAUUUCAA